AGAAUUUUGUAUGCCGGUGUUUUGCAGGUGAAGAAGAAACGUGAAUGUGAGCUGUUCCCACACCACACCACACCCUUUUGACACCAGUUAGUUAUCUUGAUCUGAUCUAUAUUGUGAUCCAAUCGGCUGAGAAAGAAAGAAAAUGAGUGAACAACAACAGAAAUUCCUUCCGAAAAGAAUCAUAUUGGUCCGUCACGGGGAGAGCGCGGGCAAUCUGGACGGUUCAGCCUACGCCACCACACCAGAUUACAAGAUCCCACUCACCGAAGCCGGUAUUCAACAGGCCAAAGAAGCCGGAAAAAAGAUCCGGGAUGUAAUCUCCGAGUCCGGCAAGUGGAAGGCCUGCUUCUACGUGUCGCCUUAUGAGCGAACCAGGUCAACCCUACGGGAGAUCGGCCGAUCCUUCCCUCGAAAGAGAGUAAUUGGGGUUAAGGAGGAAUGCAGAAUUAGGGAACAGGAUUUUGGGAAUUUUCAGAUUACUGAGAGGAUGAAGAUUAUUAAGGAGACCAGAGAGAAAUUUGGUAGAUUCUUUUAUCGCUUUCCCGAGGGCGAGUCCGCUGCUGAUGUCUUUGAUCGUGUUUCCAGCUUUCUUGAAUCUUUAUGGAGGGAUAUCGACACCAGGCUCCAUCAUGACCCCUCUGAUGAUUUAAAUAUAAUCAUAGUUUCACACGGGCUCGCUUCCCGAGUCUUUCUAAUGAAGUGGUUCAAGUGGACAGUCGAACAAUUUGAGUACCUAAACAAUUUGAACAACUGUGAGUUUCGAGUAAUGCAGUUAGGAGACAGUGGUGAGUACAGUCUUGCAGUUCACCAUUCGGAUGAAGAAAUGCUGGAGUGGGGGCUCUCGCAGCAGAUGAUAAAUGACCAAAAAUGUCGAGCCACUGAGAAAUGCCAAUGGUUAAUGGAUGGUCUUUUUGACCAUUUAGAUACCGAUUCUGAGGAUGCUAACAAUGGAGAUCACAAUACUGACAAAAUAGAUUGAUGAGAAGGGUUUUGAGCUGCUAAUAUGUUUAUGCAAUAAUUAGAAAUUUGUCUGUGUGAAGAAAAUUGGUGAGUUUUGUUCACUGAUGUGAUUGAUUAAUAGAUGACCAUUUGUUGUAAGCAAAAGUGAAUACAAUGCAAGACUAGAUUGAUUCUCUCUUUGUUUUGAUUAUCUCAAUGUUUAGAUUUCUUUUAUA